AUGGCCUCUGCAUCAAGAGAUAUUGGGCCUGCUCUGUGUGCAUCACGGACAGCCCUAAGUGGGCCCAACACGGCCAAUUCAAUUCAUCGUCACAUUUCCGUAACUGGAUUAUACCCUUCAACACUCCCUCUUCACUUUUCGUCUUCUUCUCGGAAAUUGAAUUAUUUCAUUCUUUGCGGUAUUUCGCACCCAAAUUCCACUAUUUCCUCCCUCCUGCAAAUCCCCGCACAAAAAAUUGAGGCCAUUUAUAAUUUAUUAUCCCAGACCGCCCAGAGUGAUUUAAACCAUGGUUGCAAAGAAAGUUAUAGCUAUUUGUCAGUCGGGCGGAAAACACCUAUCUCCAUCACUAAUGACAAAGACCUCAAGCGCAUGAUUAAAUUCUAUGGUAACUCUGACACCGCGGAGAUAUACAUUAUGAAUGAAGAAAUUGUUGCUCCUGAUGUCUCCAACAUGCCUGGUAGUAGGUCGAGUAGGACAACUUUGUCAGAAGCCCCUCCUGCUGAUGCUUCCCCAGAUAUGAUUGUAGAUGAUAUAAACGAGCCUGGACUGCCACUUGAUCCGACUUUUGAUGUGGUUGUCGAUACUAGCCAUGUUGAGGCUCAUUUUGACGUACCAACUGAAAGACCUGUUCGUACUAGAAUGCCUGUACCAAUUUCUUUUGUUGGUUAUGAUGAAAAAGAUGCUAAAGCUGCUGAGCAGUGGCUGAACAUUAUUACUGAUAGAGAGAAGGGGCUAAAAGAAUCAAUUGCUGAAAUUUUUCAGAAUGAUGAUGUUUACCAUAGCUUCUGUCUGACCCAUCUCUCUGAGCAAUUUAUGAGAGAUUUGAAGGGUCAGUUUUCUCAUGAAGUGAAGCGUCUUAUGGUUGAAGAUUUUUAUGGUGCUGCUCAUGCCCUUACGCCUGAAGGCUUCCAAAGGUGUGUGGAAAGCAUCAAAAAUAUUUCGAUAGAAGCAUACAAUUGGAUCGUGCAAAGUGAGCCUGUUAAUUGGGCAAAUGCAUUCUUCCGAGGUGCGAGAUAUAACCACAUGACAUCAAACUUUGGAGAACUUAUCCAGAGUUGGUUAUCAGAUGCACAUGAAUUGCCAAUAAUCCAGAUGGUUGAUGCCAUCCGAGGUAAGAUUAUGGAAUUGAUUUAUACCCGGCAGACAGAAUCUAACCACUGGCAGACAAGAUUAACUCCAUCAAUGGAGGAAAAACUCGAAAAAGAAAACAUUAAAGUCAGAACCCUUCAGUUGCAAGGAUUGGCAGCUUACUGGAUUGCCCUGCUGCCAUGCAAUUGCUGUCAUUAG